ACGAUGAACGAAGGGUUGUGUGAGGCUUAUCCAACAUCAUAGUCAAGCUGAUUCUCUUUGCCUUUCUCAUGGGCUUUUUCUCCUCGCAGGUUGAGUUACUCGUCUAGGCGAUUCAAUUGCUGUUUGUGGGAAUCGGAAAUUGGUUAGUAUGGCGGCCAUGGCAGCAGCGACUCAAGCGCUGGGGUUGUCGACCUCCUUCGCCUCGCUCUCCUUGCAAGAGCCCAGCAAGAAAUUGGCCUCGCUCUCGUCGUCUGCCAGUCUUGGCUUGCGAUGCAAUGCGUUGAAGUCGUGCGUGGCGAUGGGGAGGAGGACCGUCGUGGCCUCGCCGGUUGUUCGCGCUGUCAUGGCUGAGACUGCCGAGGCUCUCAGUCCCGAGAUGGAGGAGAGGCGUACCCUGGAGGCGUGGGUGAAGCAGCAGCUGCCGGGGGGUUUCGCCGCUGCGCGCUUGAAUGGUACAGGCAGGCGCAAGACCGCCGUGGCUCGAGUUGUCCUUGUCGAGGGUACUGGAAAGAUUGUUAUCAACAACCGCACUGCUCAGGAUUAUCUUCAGGGGAACCCGCUGUGGCUGCAAUCUGUGAAGUACCCACUCGCAAGCUUAGGCUACGAGACUAAGUACGACAUCAUCGUGAGAGUCGAGGGCGGGGGCUUAUCAGCUCAAGCGCAGGCAAUCUUGUUGGGCGUGGCGAGGGCAUUGAUUGUGGCCAAUGCAGCGAACCGAGACCCGUUGAAGAAACAGGGCUUGUUGACUCGGGAUUCACGAGUUGUGGAGCGGAAGAAAUAUGGGCUCAGGAAGGCCCGCAAGGCGCCUCAAUACUCCAAGCGUUAAUUACUUUCUGUCGUAGAGCAAGAAUUUGGCUGCCAUUGUCAAAUGGAGAUUAAGCGACACGACGCUCUGUCUGUAAUAGGUUCAGAUUCAUUUUAAGACGGAAUUGACGCAGCCCCAUUUUUUUCAUUUUCCUUUUCUCGUCUCCGGGUUGGCUUCUAGAGCAUUGCAACGAAGAGCAUUACAACUGUAGAGACCAUGCAGACUGACAAUCUGCUCACUUUCCAAUGCCGAUUAAUAUCAUUUAUUCUCCCA